AUGGUGACCGCAAAGCGUCUUUACAACUGGUACAUCUCCCUAGUGGCUGCCAUGUGCAUGGUGCUCUAUGGUUAUGAUGCCUCAGUUUUCAACUCCGUCCAGGGAUCUCAGCAUUGGCUGGACUGGUUCGAUCUUGACCUCGACAAAGACACAUACUUGAUCGGUCUCAUCAACACGGCUUACACUAUUGGUGCCAUUGUUGCUGGUUGGUUUAUCGGUGGUCCGACCGCUGAUUACCUCGGUCGACGAUAUGGAAUGAUGAUUGGCUGCUUCAUCACAAUAAUUGCAACUUUCAUGCAGACCUUUGCCCCGUACCAUAAGCUCGGCGUCUUCAUCGCCGGCCGUGUUCUCAUCGGUAUGGGUCAGGGUAUGGCCUUGACAGCUGGUCCCGUGUACAUCGGAGAGAUGGCUCCAGCCCACAUCCGUGGUUACAUCAUGGCAUUCUGGCAGCUAUUCUACUCCGUUGGCUCCUUCAUUGCCUACUGGAUCAACUAUGCCUGUGGCAAGCGCAGAGAGGCGCUCGGAGAGUGGGACUGGAAGAUGGUCGUCAUCUUUCAGAUUCUCGUCCCUAUCAUCAUCAUCAUCCUGCUCCCUCUUCAGCCUGAGAGUCCUCGCUGGCAUCUCAAGAAGAACGGCAACAUCGAUGCUGCCCGUGCCGCUCUCCGAAAGAUUCGAGACACCGAGGAGGAGGUCGAGGAGGAGCUCACUGCCAUCCGAGAGGCUCUCGAGUAUGAGAAGGAGGCCAUCAGCAGCUCCUACACCGCCUUGUUUAAGGAUCCCUCGGUUCGCAAGCGAUUGUAUCUUGCUUUCGUCAUCAAUGUCGGUCAACAGCUCUCUGGCCAAGGUACCUUGAACAGCUACUCUACCUCUAUCUACAAGAAGGUCUGGAAAGAUGCCGAGAAGAUCAACCUCAUCAACGCUCUCAACGCCACUUUCGGUAUCCUGUUCACUCUCAAUGCUGUCUGGACUGCUGAUCGCUUCGGUCGUCGCUGGCUGUUCAUUGUCGGUGCCAUUGGUAUGGGAUGCUGCAUGUUGGCUGUAUCUAUCGUUGGCCUCGCUACUCCCACUCACGAUGGCGCGAAGACCGAGCCUGUUGGAAUCGCUAUCGUCUUCCUGCUCUUCCUAUUCAUCUUCUUCUACAAGCCUUCCUGGGGAGCUGCCACUUGGAUCUGGACUUCCGAGAUUUUCUCCAUGAACAUUCGUGCGCAAGCCGUCGGCAUGUGCUCUCAGAUGCAGAACGUCGGCAACACGAUCUUCCAGCAGUUCUUCCCCAAGUUCCUGGCAAAUGAGGGCCUCAAAUGUUUAUUCUUCUUCAUGGGAAUGAACUUUGUCCUGGCUGUCUUCGUCUACUUCUUCAUUCCCGAGACCAAGCAGAUUCCUCUCGAGGAGAUUGAUGUUCUGUUCGGUGGCGCCAACCACGUCGAUAAGGGCGCGAACAUGCUCGGCAUCCCGGAAGCGGAGUCUGGUGCUCACCACGUCGCCGAGAAGGAUGGCCGCGCAAAGGUUGAGCAGCGAGAGGGUGCUGCUCACGAUAUUGAGGAGACUCACUAA